AUGAGUACGCUCAACCUCUAUCUCGCCAUCUCCAAGGAGCGAGGUCAAGAUCAACCUCGACACUGGAUUCUCAUGCUUGCAGAAGAAAAUGCCACCCACGGAAUCUUCUAUCAUAUAACUGGUGGGCCCAUGCACGGUAAGCCAUGUGAAGUUACUAUUGAGCCCAAGCGUGUCGAAAGCCAUGGCAUCGAGGAGCGUCACUUGAUUGCUCAGGUCCUCGAGAAGGAUAGGCAGAAGAUCAAGGCUGCUGUCCGGCAAGCUCCUGCGCUAUUCUGUCAGCGCUGGAUCUUGAAUGUUCUCGAGGAAUUGGAGAAGCAAGGUCUUGUUCCCGAAGGAACUUGUUCGAAGUGGAAUGAAGCCUUGGAAACUGACCCCUUCUCAGAUGAUGGUGCUCCCUCGAAGAAGUCUUCAGGUGGCGGCCAUACUACUGACGCUUAG